AUUUGCGCUCAGCUAACAGUAGACACUCUGCUGACGGAGUCGUGAGAAGGCAGGCGGAAGUUCUGUGUGGGGCGAGCUUACACUGCAGGCAGGGAGUGGCGUGUAGUGUUUACGUGUUGUAUAAAGUUUGUGGUACGAGUGUAUUAAGAAGUCGGAAGAAUGGAUUUACUUUACUAAAACUCAGGUAACGCUUCCGAAGAUACGUAUUCACGAAGGAAUAAAGGGACGCAGGAGAAUCUGUUUCGUCUUGCGUAGCGACGGCAGUUGAAGGAACCAUGGAUCUGGACAAGGUGAUGGACGAAGUGGGGCACUUUGGGAAGUUUCAGGGUCUCUGUUACUUCCUCUUAAGUUUCUCCAUAUUCUACGCUGCAAUUGCUGGACUAAGCUACGCUUUCACGACAGCAAAUGUUAAAUACAGGUGCCGUAUCGCAGAAUGCGAUGCUGAAGAAGCAAUCUAUCAGCCCGAAUGGUUACGCAACGCCGUGCCGUUCAAUGAUGACAAGCCUAGCUCCUGUGAAAGGUAUCUGUCACGAAGCAAUUCAACUUCCGCCGACGGAUUUCCGAUAAACAACGAAACUUCCUGCUUACCUGAUACUUUUGAUAACAGUAGCAUGGUAAAAUGUCGUGACUGGGUGUUCGAUAACGAGGAAUGGACUAUUGCAAAUGAGUGGAAGUUUACCUCAUGUUUUGAAAAGCAGUGGAGAUUAACGAUUGUCGGAACUGUAAAUAACAUUGGACAAUUUGUCGGCUUUCCACUUGCUGGCUACUUUUCUGACAGAGUUGGCAGGAAAAAGACGCUGUUGGUGUCCAUCAUAGUGACGUGCUUGCUGGGCGUACUGCGUUCCUUCGCGUGGUGUUACGAGGCUUUCCUGUUCUUCGAAUUUGUUGUGGCAGGGUUUAGCGGUGGUAUCUACAACUCUGGAUUCAUUCUAGGCAUGGAAUUAGUUGGUCCAAGAGCUCGAGUCAUUGGGGGAGCCGUUAUUAGUUGUUUUUAUUCGGCUGGCAUGGUGCUUUUGGCAGCCGUCGCCUUGUGGGUGAAAAACUGGCGAAUUCUGCAAGCCAUAUAUGCACCUGGUUUGAUUUGCUUCGUCUACUACUGGAUUCUGCCAGAGUCUGUCAGAUGGCUUCAAUCCCAAGGAAGGACCGAAGAAGUUAAAACAAUUAUGUUGAGAGCGGCAAAAAUAAAUGGAGUAAAACUGUCUGAACAAGAAUUUAGCAAGUUUGAAUUAUCACCUGUUGUAGCGAAGACAGAAGAUGAGACUCCUGUACAGAAAAGAUCUAAUUCUGAUGCUUUCAAGAGAAUUUUUAAAUCAAAAAUAUUGCUGGCUAGACUGAUUAACUGUGCCUUCUGCUGGAUCACAAACUCCUUCGUUUAUAUCGGACUGUCACUUUCUGCCGUGUCGGUCGGAGGUGACAAGUAUACGAACUUCAUUCUGGUAGCGGUGGUGGAGAUUCCAGCUUAUGCAGUUACUCCAUUCUUCUCUGAUAGAUUUGGCAGGAGACUUUCUUUGUGCGUGUCACUUCUAAUCGCUGGUGUGUGCUGCGUUGCUUUUGCCUUCAUACCAGAAGGCUAUGACACAGCGAAACUCGUUGUGUUCUUGGCAGGCAAAUUUGCCAUCACCAUUGCCUUUACGGUGGUUUACGUGUUCACUGCUGAGCUCUUCCCAACUGAACUCCGACAUUCGAUGCUUGGUACAUGCUCAAUGGUGGGGCGCAUUGGUUCCAUCAUUGCGCCUCAGACUCCGCUCCUAGCUGAGAUCUAUAAGGCACUGCCUUUCUUCCUAUUUGGAGGCAUAUCUGUUGCGUCUGGGUUGCUAAUACUCUUAAUUCCCGAAACCCUGAACCAGAAAUUGCCAGACACUGUGGAAGAAGCUGAGAACCUUGGCAAGCGGCAGAACACGUGAUGGAAAAAAUUGCAUUUAGUACUGUAUAUAUUAAGACAGUGGUCCCCAACCUUUUUGUGCCUACGGGCACAUUUGAGAGUUUAUGAGAUCGUGGCGGGCACCAACCAAUCAACAAAGCCAAAUUUUCUUUUCUCUGGACAAAUAAGAUAUGGACUCCAAAUAA